UUUUCUCGGCUGACUUUUAUAUUUCUAUGAAGUUGUGAACGAACCGAGCAACAAGCGAGCAGCAUUUAACGGUAACAGGCUGAGCAAAGAGGCAGUGAUGAGCACAGACGGUGGAAAUGUCGAUGUCGUUACCUUAACGUGGAGAAAAGAAGCUGCAUGACGAGCUGCAGAGAGAAAGAGAAAGUAAACUUCAGACAGGGAGGAGGGACAUGGACUGUCUGACGUCAUCUGUUAUUGUAGACGCCAGCUCAUGUUGUUAUGGUUGUUGCUAUGGGGAUGUGGGUCACGUGGUGGUGCAUCAGCCAGGAGGGGAGACGUCAUGCCACGUGACACUGACACGGGAAGUGCCUCUUCUGUAACUCAGGUAGAACAAAACGGACCAAUCAGCAAGAAGGUUUCUGUCGCUUAGCAACGGCGUCCUCUGGAGAGCAAAACGUCUGUUACCAUGGCGACGGCGUUCCGACACCUCGCCAUGUUCGUGCCGCUGACUAAAUGACAGGAUGUUCAGGAAAACUGCGUGGAGGAACGCAGCCAGCGAUGCAGUGAGUUUCCACCAAGGCCAAGCCCUGAACACAACCAUAUUUCUCCUGAAAUGCUUCGGUCCAACAGGCUUCCUACUCAGAGAGGACAGAGAGGCCAAGGAUUUCAAGGUGUGCUUGGGUGACCCACAUACGUGCUCGUGCCCUGUGUUCACUCGGGAGCAGGAGCCAUGCAAACACAUCUGCUGGGUUUUACUGCGGAAAUUUAGACUACCCAGAGAACAUGAAUAUUCAUUCCAGCAUGGACUUGUGGAGAGACAGAUCCUGGAGGUGCUCCAAGGUUUACACCAAACCGAAGCCCACAGGACAGAGAAUGAUCCGUCAACUCCUUUCAGGACCGCGAGCCAAACAGUCGCCGGCCAGAAGGCUGGAAGUGUCUGCCGGAAAGUGAUCCAAGCUCAGGAUGUUUGUCCGAUUUGUCAAGAAGAGCUGCUGGAGAAAAACCUGCCUGUGUCUUACUGCAGGUUCGGUUGCGGCAAUAACGUCCACAUCUCCUGCAUGAAGGUGUGGGCGGAUCACCAGAGACUCUCAGACAGGGAGGAAACAGUGAAGUGCCCUCUGUGCAGGGAGGACUUCAGCUCUUUGAAGUCGCUCCAGGAGCAGGUGAAAAACGCAGCAAAGCUCUUCACUGCAGCUGAAAGAGAGAAGCCAGAGAGACACCUGGGAGUGAUCUGUCAGAGCUGCCGGGUGUGCCCUGUCACUGGGAAGUGUUUCAAAUGCACAGUCUGCAGUUACCUGUAUCUGUGUGAGGACUGCUCAAACAAGGGCUGCCACCCACAGCAUGCGUUCGCUUCACGAACAACAAGGAGAGACAAAUGGCAGCUUGUGGCAGACGACCUGAGUGAUGAACCGACAGGAGCAACCUGUGGCAGCACCGUCCCUGUAGCUGCAGACCUUCUACCAGACAGUGUGUCGGAGUGUCUACCUGUGAUCAGGGUGAGACCGGGCUCUCGGCUGUUGGAUGAGGGACAGCAGUGUCGGAUCUGUCUGCAGGAUUUUAGCCUGGGCCAGCGUGUGCGAACUCUGCCCUGCCAGCACAAGUUUCACGCAGACUGUGUGGACAGGACCCUGCAGAAGUCCAACUCCUGCCCCUUGGAUGGAUAUGUCAUUUAUAACCAUGUGACUAGGAGAAGCAGUGAAAGGAAGACCGCCCCUCAGUCGGCCUCCCGCCUGCUCAGUGACUUCGCCAGACCAACAGAGGAUCACUUAAAGGAUCUGUUCAUCCCAGGAGUGGCACUGCGGGACAGGAACACUAAAGUCACCCCCCCACGUGGUUCUCUGAACUUAGAGGUGCUAACAGCUCCUUUAAACCCCCCACACCAGUUCAUCACUGACAGGUUUCAAGGCUUGCGCAUAGCUACGACAGACACUGUGAUGGAGGAAGGAAAACAAACUCUGACAGACCCACGAGCACGUUCCUCAAAAAAGAGAGCGACAGCACACAGCCAUGCUUCACCUGCAGAGACAAAACUCAGCCAUGCUUCACCUGCAGAGACAAAACUCAGCCAUGCUUCACCUGCAGGGACAAAACUCAGCGACCAGCCACAGCUGAACCUUUUCGUAGGUUUGUGGAGACCACAGUCAGAUCACACAGCUACAGCGGCCUCAGCUGCCAGGCCAACUCGACGGCAGCCCAAAAAGACAGGCGUGGUGACCAGUAAAGGCCCAAACAAGCAACUGAGUUCAGAGCUAAGAAUGACUGGAGUCCUGAUAAACACACAGCAUCAGACGCAGACGAAGACUUAAAUUAGUUUUUAAUGUUUCAUCUUAGAAGAAUGUUUCUGUCGUGUAUCUGCACUUUUUUCCUCUUCCUGUUUUCAUAGAUGAAAGUAUAACCGUGUGACCAUUUGUUCAAAAGGUGUGAACCUGAAAUAUUGUUGUGUCAUUUCACUAAAAUUAAAGGUCGUUGAAUAUAUACUUUAAAGCUGAAGAAAGAAGAACA